GUUCUCCACAGUGUUUGGGGAUCGAUCGCACAUGCAUGCGUUUUACUUUUUGCUGACAAACGUAUGAAGAAGAAUUUCGGAUCGUAGUACAGUGGUCUUGGUUAAAUAAAUAUCAAGGAUUCAGGACCUGUCAUUUUGUUUCUCCCCCAACGGUUAUUACUUUUCGUCAAAGUACGCGAAGGGACAAAACAAAACAAUUAUUGCAGCUUUUAGAAAUAACGACAACAUGACUUCCAUCAAAGGACAGACUGCCCUGAUUACAGGCGCAUCGAUGGGCAUCGGUGAAGCGAUCGCCCUUAAGCUCGCUGAGCACGGUGUAAACCUCGCUCUGGUUUCAAGGAGCAAGGACAAACUUGAGUCUGUACGCAAGUCGAUUGCCGACAAAGGGUUCGGAGUCAAGAUAUCGGUUCACGCGGUCGACAUCCAGAACUACGUAGAUGUCGACAAGGCCGUAGCGGAUGCGAUCUCACAGCUUGGUGAAAUCGACAUCCUCAUCAACAACGCCGGACUCGCCCUCGGAGCCCCCGCAAGGUUCUGGGAACUUCCCAUCGAGCAAAUCGACCAGAUGGCCGGCACAAACAUCAACGGUAUAAUGUACAUGAGCCACUCCAUCAUCCGCCGCAGCAUGUGGCCGCGUAAAAAGGGCGUCAUCAUCAACGUAUCCUCCGUCACGGGUCUCGAAUGCCCGCCCUUCGAUGGCGAAGCUGUAUAUCACGCUUCCAAAGCGUUCCUCGAGGGUUUCAGCAAUAGUUUGCGCAUGGAGACUUCCGGCGCGAACAUCAAGGUUUUGACCCUCCGGCCUGGCUGUGUGGUGACGAAUUUUCAUCUCCAGAGAGUUAAGUACGAUCAGAGUGCAAUGGAUGAGUUUUUGCAGGGUUAUGAACCGCUGGUCGCGGAGGAUUUGGCGGAUACGGUUGUGUAUAUGCUGAGUCUGCCGGAGAGGAUCUCGAUCAAGGGGUUGGAUUGCGUGCCUACGGCUCAGAGAGCGUUAACGCGGUUUGAUCGGGAGUGGAACUCGCGUCAGGAGAAGAAGGAUUGAGUAGUUCGGAG